GCAUAAGAGGAGGAAGAUCGAGGUGGAUAAUUUGGAUACGAUAAUGGUGGUCGAGGAAGAGGAGGUUGGACGAUUGGAGAAUGGACGUUGGAUGAAGUGACAGUGGUUGUAAAUGGUGCAAUGGAUUUUCUCUCUAUUGUGCGACUUGUUUUAUAAUCCUCGUGACGUGGUGGGGUUGAAGAUUGUGCGGUAGAUUUUGCUCCUUGGCAUAUUGCAAUUUGGGAAAGGGGGGUUUCAAAUUUCGUGAAAAAUGUUUUUGCGCUCCAUGCUCGCGAAAAGUAGCUACGCGAUUAUGUGUAUUGCAAUAACGUAAUGAUUCUUUCACUCUGGAAAAUUGGGGAUUGGAUUCAAACAUACGUAGUAGAUUCGUAAAAUGUUAAAUACAUUCGUCGUUCGUUAAAAUUAAGGAAUCAAUCGAAAAAAGUAAAAUACCUACAGGCAAUGCAGUGAAUAGUAUCCUUCAAUAUCGAGGAAAAAGAAUAACCACAAAUUUCUUAAAUACUUUUAAAUACGUGCUUCAAUCGUCCAACGACUUCCGCCUCGACUUUCCAACGGUGUCGCGACACUGUUUCCGACGGACAUUGAAACGCCGACACUCGAUCGUGCCGACUCUCGUCGUCAACCCCCACCCCCGAUCGUCGAGCCUGGAAAACCAUCGUGGUGCUCGUGGUUCAAGGUCGCCGCUACCGUCCGGAUGGAAAUAGCCAGGCUCGAGGCAUAAAUUCACGAGGUUGUGGGAACGGCUUGACGGGAAGCGACGGCAGACACCGAGCAAGCGAGCGGAGGAAGCGUCGAGGGCGUCGGUAGCAUCGGUGAAAUCCACCGGCGUGGAUCGCGGCUGGUCGAACUAACACUCAGAUCUGAGGAGAUUUGCGUGCGGCAGAAUGGGCCGGUGGCCGCGGCGGUCCGUCUCGAGAUGCUGAAGGAAGUCGGGUGCGGGAGCAGCACACCCCCGCCAGGGGAUGGUGCCGUCAGCAACCGGCAGCUCGGAGGCGGCGAGAACAACAACACCGACGGGGUCCUCGGUUGCGGGGGUUGCGGAAGGGAGAUAGCCGAGCGAUGGUACCUGAGGGCUGCGGACCGCGCGUGGCACUGCGGCUGUCUUCGUUGCUGCCACUGCCGUGUGCCUCUCGCCGCCGAGUUGACGUGCUUCGCCAGGGACGGCAACAUCUACUGCAAAGAGGAUUAUUAUAGGUUGUUUGCCGGAAGAUGUUCCCGAUGCCGAGCGGGAAUCUCCGCCACGGAGCUGGUGAUGCGCGCCAGGGAUCUGGUGUACCACGUGGCCUGCUUUACAUGCGCCUCAUGCGGCACCCCGCUGAACAAGGGCGAUCAUUUCGGGCAGAGGGACGGCCUGGUCUACUGUAGACCCCACUACGAGUUGCUGUGCUGCGCUGGGGAUUACGGGGGCGCAGCAACGAGUAUCGAGGACAUCGGUUCGCCGGGGGUGUCGCCGCUUCCGGCUUAUUACAGCGCCGCCGAGCAGAGCCCGAUCACCUCGUCCGGCACCGUGCAGAAGGGACGGCCCAGGAAGCGCAAGCUGUCCGAGGUCACCGGAUCCGAGCUACCUGUCACCAUGAGGCUGGCUGCUGGGGCUCUCGAGCUUCUCCACCCGACCGAACUGUCCUCGUCCAUGGAAUCAUUGGCGGCGUACGAAGCGUCUGUCGGCUCGCCGGGGCCUGUGCAUCAGAGCCAACGGACGAAGCGGAUGAGAACGAGCUUCAAGCACCAUCAGUUGCGGACGAUGAAGAAUUAUUUUGCUAUAAAUCAGAAUCCGGACGCGAAGGACCUCAAGCAACUGGCGCAGAAGACGGGGCUUUCGAAGAGGGUGCUUCAGGUCUGGUUCCAAAACGCCCGCGCGAAAUGGCGGCGGAACAUGAUGAGGCAGGAGGGCAACACGACGACGAGCAACGUGGGGUGUCCAGGCACACCGGUGCCCUCGAACACGGCCGGCUCGCCGAACGUGGGGCCGGCAGCCAGCAUCCUGGGGGACAGCAACAGCAUGCCGUCGACCUCGAUGGAGGAGCUCCACGCUCUUCAUCACCUACAUUCUGGCGUUUCCUCUCAGGUCUCCUUCUCCGAUCUUUACUGACGACGGCUUGAGAUGGAGGAAGACAGCUACAGCAGCCUUUCCAGCCAUCUUGGAUGAAGGAUCUUCGGUCUUUCUUCCCCUUUUCUCGUCGAUUUUUUUUUUCUUUCGUCCACUUUCAGGAGAAGGAAGAGCCUCCUUCUUCUUCUUCUUCCUCUUUCUUUCCUCUCUUCUGGAUCGAUUCCAGAAGGGAACGGAUCCCUCUCCCUCUCCCCCUCCCUCUCCGUUAACUCGCGAAGAAGGACAAGUUUCUAUUUACGAUUUAUCGAAUAUUCCUCCUCUGAGAUGGCGCUGAGAGUCGAAAUCCAGGCGAAGGGGACUGGUUAUUGAAAGAAAGAAAGAGACCCGUUGACCAAUUUCUUGGCGAGCGAUGAUCCAGAAGAUUGGUUGGAAGAUAUUAGGAAAUCCAGUGAAAGAAAGGAAGGAAGAGGGAACGUGUUCGUUUAUUCGAAGAAACGGCGAGAGACAAUCUCAAUCAAGCUCGUUUCUUAAUUAAUAAGAAGGGACGAUCACGCGGCCGAAUGAAGACGUUCACGGUUACUAAUAGGGUGGAAACGGUUUCUUCCUUACGAGCUUGUCAAAUCCCAGCAAUUAUCGCAUUCGUUUGUAUCAGCGAGGCCGAUACUAUUAAACGCCUUCCAACGAUUAUACAUACAUAUAUAUACACUUUCGACAACAAUCCGCGUACGUCAAUUACAGGUAACAAGAACAAACGAGCGUUCAUCGAUCACCAGGCUCGAUUUACGUGGCGAGCUAAACGCUAAAAACGAUCGGUCGAUCCAUCAACUAUCGGCGAACGAACGGACAGUUUUCGUUUGAGCGAGAACGAGAGGUUCAAAAACGAGGCCAUCUUCCGCAAUUCUAAUCUUCGAUUGAAAUUUAUCGAUACCUUUUUAUUUUAUCGAUAGCCAAUUCGAGAACGAAACGAAGAAUUAGAAAAAAUUCGCUCGCCAGGAAACGGUCAAUGGUUUCUCAACAAAUUGGAAACAAACACUGCAGGAGUAGUGAGUGAGAUCGGCGGCAAGACGAAACAGCGUUUCGGCUGGAUCGGAUUUAUAUUUAAGUAAUCAGUGAUAAUAAUCAUAGUUCCAUGCACAUCCGAAUUACCAAAGAAUUACUUAUAGGCGAUAGUUUGUCUCGCUAGCGAGAGCGCGAGUCGGGUCCCGGUGUUACGAUAAUCGAAAUAACCUUCCCUUUUUUUCACGACAAUGAAAUUUUUAUUUUUCGUUCGAAGAAGAUAAAAAGUAUUAUUAACAAGGAUCGAACGCGUUAUUUCUCUUCUCUCCCCUCCCCUCUCUCUUAACUCUCGAGAGUGUAUAUCAAACGAGCCAUUUCAAGGGAGAAGGGAUAGAUCUUUAUCAUCGAGGAAAAAUUUCUUUUGCGCUAUCUUCCUUUUUAAACUUGCAUUCGAUGGAAGUAUAAAAGUAUGUACGAUCAUGAUGGAUCGAUACGAUGGUCCCUAUCGCUUCGAUACCUCCAUCUUGCGCGCGCGCGCACACACCGGCCCGACUACGCGCGCUGCUUCACUCCUCCUUUUUAGCCGAGUACCGUGUCACGAAGACACUUUUUGAUAACGGCGAUUUACGGGCUAGAGAAUCGCGAACGAACGAGCGACAGGUGUGGUAAAACGGCGUUCCUCUCCUCGUGCCAAAAAAAAGAAAAAAAAAAAAGGAAGAAAAAAAAAAAGAAAAAGAAGAAACUCGUGCAUACGAGUAGGUUAAUAUUCUUCUUUUGUACGAUGUGACGAUCGAAUUCAAUUUCGCCUUCGAAAUUGUUACUUUUCCCUUGGCCUCUAAUCGAUCUUGGAUAGAUAGAUCGAUAGAUGCGUUUCGCAAUCGUUGGAAAAAUUCGAAGAAGAAAGAAUUAGAAAAGGAAAAAAUUUAUUCGUUUAAGACGGGGAUAUGUUGGUUGUUUGAAUUCGAUCGACAUACACACGUUCGACCACCGACGACACACAGUAUAUGUAUAUUAUAGACAAUGAGAAUUAGCGGACGGAUCGCAAAGUUUUUAGCCAGAGACGCGAGCGACGUAUUAAAUAAUAAGGCUUGGAUCAUCGAGUAGCAAACUGAUCUGGGAAAAAAGGGGGGAAAAAAGAAAACCAAGAUGAGAAGAGGAAAAGGAACACGAACUUUCGCGAGAGUAUUUAAAAAACGUGAGCGUUUUCGAAGAAUGAAGAAGAAAAAAGAAGUAGAAACGUGGAUUCCUAUGACGAGAAGAUGAAAAUUUAUUCGUAACGCGCGAUCGAGAACUUAUAAUUUUUAUAUAUAUACCGUCGUAAUUAGGAAAAAAAAAAAAUGUUAAAUAUUUAUCGACUGCAUUAAGCGACGAGACGUUUUCGAGAUUAAAAAAAGAUGAUCCCGAUGGAAUUCUAAAAUACCGCGAUUUAUCCUCUUGGGAUAUAUAUAUAUAUAUGUUCCAAUUCGAAAAUUUCCACGCUCUUUCGACAAACAUCUCGUCAAUUAUCGCGAUUACAUAGGACCAGCAUAGCGAGCGCGGUCUUUUCCCACAUCUUCCCACAUUUUGCGAACACGGGCAAACAAAUCUCCCCCUCCCUCCCUUCCCCCGGAAGGUGGAGGCUCGACGCGUCGAAUCGGAAAUAGUGUGCAUAGUCGGCGAAGUGGCGGCAGUCGCGUGUUAGGCAUGUGUAGCAUAGCGAUUAAUGUACGUCAGCGUCUUAAAAGUCGAAACAAAAAAAAGAAAAAAAAAAAGAAAAAAAGGAAAAAGAAGAAAAAAUAAUAAUAAUAAUAAUAAUAAUGAAGCGUCGUGGGUGGAACAAUUAUAUUAAAAAAACUGUAUAGAUGAAAUUAAUGUGCAGCAUUCGAGUGCGGCUAUUAUCGUACAUAAUAAAUAGUUACGUACAUCUGGACUUUGAAAA